GGGACCGUCUCGCCCUUGGAGCUGGACAAGCUCAGGGCCAGCUCGCCCAGGCCAAGCAGGAGACCGACAAGUGGAAGGCGGCCGCCCAGGCUGCAGGCGCCGACAGCGGCACAGGAGGCGACGGCCCCAUGGGGGCCGCCGUUGGCGAUGUUGAGGCGGGCACCUCCAAGCAGAAGCAGCUGGCGAAGCUGGACAGGCGCAUCAAGGAUGUGGAGAAAUGGCUCGCAGACGACCCCAGCGAUGACCUGCUCACGCAGCGCCUCGAAAAGGACCGCGCUGAACGCGACAGGUUGCGAGGCGAACUGCAGCAACCCAAGCCCCUGGGGGUGCGGUUGCAGACCAUCGCCACCCGCGUCGACAACCUCAAGGGCUCCAUCUCCAAGGCCCAGGAAGGAGCCGAGGCGAAACGGGAGCAGUCCAGGGUGGCCCUCGCGGCGGCGGGGGAGCUCGACGCCAAAGUGGCCAGGCAACAGGCCGAGCUCCACGAGCUCGAGGCUCAGCAUCGUGACCUCCUGGCUUCUGCCCCCAGCCCGCCGGCCCAGGAAGGAGCGGAUGCCAAGCCCACGGUGGCCGCGCAGAUACGCUCGUUGGAUCUUCUCCUGGGGGGCCUGGGCGCCGACCAACCGUUGCGCCAGCAGGCGGCUCAGCUCUUCGAGAACCUGCAGGCCGCCGGGACCAACCAGGCGCAGCAGACGCAGCAGGCGCAGCAGGAGGCCGCAGCUGCCGCCGCUCGCGCCGCGGCCGAAGCCGCUUCCGCCGAGGCCCAGCCUGAAGCCGCGCCCUCUGGCGGCCUGGCCGUGGCUGGCGGGGCCCAUGGAGGGGCGGCGCCCCCUCCCGAGGCUGCAGUUGACGACGUGGCCAUGGGCGCCGAGGCACCUGUGGACCUUGCUGACGUGGCCAGCCUCCGGGAGCACCUGCAGAAGAUGGGCGUCCCCGUGGAUCAACAGGGGGGCGAAGAGGUCAAGGCAGCAGCCAAGCGGUGCUUGGACGCGACGGCCGAGAUCCGGGCCAAGCGGCCGCGGCGGCGAGUGGGUGCAGCGGGCGAGGAGCACCACGCCGUGGCGGACAAGCUGGGCGAGGUGCAGGCGUCUGCCCUCGAUUUGGGCUGGCGCGGGGUUUGGGGCGCUGCUCAGCCCAGCGCCGAGACCAGUGGCAACCAGGGCGGCGUAGCGGUGCUCGCUCCCAUGGGCGCGCUCAUCACGGCGCCCCCUGGCCUGGAUGGGCCCGAGCUGGUGCCAGGGCGCGCCGUCGCGGGGCACGCGCACACAGCCGUCAAGGGCGGCAUCGUCGUGGUCGCCGUCUACCUCCGUACGGGGGAGGGCCUGUCGGCCGAGAACUUGGGCAUCCUGUGGAAGGUAACCCAGUAUCUCAAGGCGGCCAACCAGAUGGGCUUGGACUGGGGCGAGGGCUGGCUGCGUCUGGUGGCGGGACGGCGCAUCGCGCCACGGAUGCCGACCUGCCGCGCCAGCACCCCGGGGCCCAUCAUCGAUUACUUCUUGGUAUCGCGGCACUUGGCGCCGCGGCUGCCGCAGCCGCCCGAAGUGCGCCUGGGCGCCAAAUUGUGGCCACACGCUCCGGUUACGCUGGCGCUCGCCACGGGGGGCCGCCAGGCGGAGGCCUGGGUCCGCACCCCCGUGCAGCCAAAGGCGUUGGCGCACCUCCCGCCCGUGGGGUGUGCGAGGGCACCCUGGGAGGGCCGGGCCGAGGUCCGCCGAUCGGUCGAGGCGGCCGAGCAGGAGGACCAACUCGCCAUCGCCUGGGACCUCGUGCUCCGCGGCAUCGACGCGGAGCUCCUCGGCCGCCACGACGUGGUCAAGCCUGCCGAGAGGAGCCGGUACCAGCGCGAGGAGGGCCCGCAGCGGUACGAGUGGCAUGCGUUUCGCUGGCAGCCGCGUCGGUGGCGCGAACGGAACGGCGCCGCCGUCAAUGCUGCGGCCACGGCAGCGCAGUGGGCCGCGCACCUCCGCGACGUCCACGGCCACCUGCGGAAGCUGGUGGCGGAGCUGCAGGCCGCACCCCCAACCGCUAUUGAAGCGCGCGGGCAGGCUCAGCGCGCCCGGGCCUCCGAGCGGCGGGCCAAGCGGACCAAGGCCCUUGUCGCGACGCUGCACGAGACGGCCAACUUCUGCGAGCGCAUCGGUCGGUCGGUCCACGUGCUCAAGCACCUGGAGGAGGAGGAUCAGCAACUCCUCCGUUCGGGCCUCGAGAUGUUGCACGUUGAGGGCGCGCUGGCCAAGCUGGAAAAGCUGGAGCAGCGGGGGCAGCGGCUGCAGAAGCAGGCCGAUGCCAAAGCGGCAGCUGUCUGGCAGAGCUGGGCCUGCGAUGCCUUCCUGAACGGCGCGGGCCUCGCCCGCCGGGCCAGCAAGGUCAAGGGCAAGGUGGGGGUCGCCCCAGCCGCUGCAGCCCCUCCGAUGGCCCCGGGUGCGACCGAGCCACCUAUGCGGAGCCCCAGUGGGCCGCAGCUGCAGCUCCCCGCGCCGGCAGCGCGCGCGGCCGAUCCAGGCCAAAGUCUCCAGAGGCCGCUCGGCGCUGCGGGGUGCCCCGCGCCUCCGACGGCACGCGCCGAUCCAGGCCAAAAUCUCCAGGGGCAGCUCCCCGUCGGCGGCGCCGCGGCCGCCCCGCUGGCUCGGGGCGCCGCUGGGAGAGCCGCGGACGCAAUUUGCGUCAAUGAAAAUCUCGACGCAAAUAGGCCCGCCCCCCUCGCCAGGGCCGCGGGGGGCGCCGACCAUGACCAUGACCAGGGUGCGGGUCAGGACGUGCACCCGCGCAUGAUCACCGACGCCGAGAUGGACAGGUGGGCCAAGACCUGGGGCACCAACAAGCUUGGUGCGCUGGAGAAGCUUGCAGGUUUCGAUGAUUGGGCACUGCUGCCCCCCCUCACGGUGACCACGAUGCUCGGGGCGAUCGGCAGUUUCAAGCCGAACACGGCCCGCGGGCCCACGAGGAUCGCUCCUCGGGCCUUGGGCGAGCUCUCUGAUGCCGCCUUGGAGGGGCUGGCGGCCCUGUUCGAGAAGUGCGAGCUGCUGGGCGAGUGGCCGCGCGACAGGCUCGUAUGUGAGCUCGUCCGGCUCCCGAAGGAGAGCGGUGGUGCUCGUCUCAUUGGCCUUCUGAACACCCUCGUGCGGGUGCGGUCGCGAGCCCGGCGGCCCAUCAGUAAGGCUUGGGAACGCACCAGCGCGGCGGAGCAGAUCUGGGGAUUGGGCAGCGGGCGUAGCAGCUCGGACUGCGCAUUCGACCACAACCUCAGUGCAGAAGCAGCCAG